CCAAACUAACAAAACAACAUUACACACCACUGCAUCGGGAGAGGAACAUGUGGGUGAGUUUAGACGGUAGUUCUUGACACUUCACUCGUGGAAGCUCUUUGGAAAACGCGGUGGAUGUACUGGGUACUGCCGGCUGUUCACCAUUUGAAGCUUUCGAACAAUGCACAACUCAAUUUUCAGCCAACACGGGUAGGACAUUCGGUAUGUGGAAACACAUAGGGCCAAAGUGCAUAUCAAUUCGAAAGCUCAAAAGCAAUCAUCAUGCCCACAAAGACUCCACUUCCUGGUCACGGUAAAACCAUGGCUUUAUCGUCAUCGUCAUUACCGGGAUAGCGAAAGAUUCUACUCUGUACGCCAAUUGUGGCCAUGAAAUCUAAACCCCGCAUUUGAAGCUUAUCCACUGCUAUCUCUAUUAUUCUCCUCAUAUCUCUUCUUUGCUUAGGGAAAAUCUUUCAACUUGAAGGCUUCACGUAGCUCUUUACCAGUUACAAUAAAAUGGCUACAAAUGCUGUCUCUCAUGUUGAUGUGCUCAUCAUCGGAGCCGGCCCAGCUGGUCUAAUGGCCGCAACUUGGAUGGCGAGAUGUGGGAUCAAUGCGAGGAUUAUCGAUAAGAGGGGUACCAAGAUUUUCAACGGGUAUGUAUUAUCAAAAUCUCUCGACAUAGGCGACUUCAUAAACUAAUGCGAACUACGCAACAGUCAAGCAGAUGGGCUUCAAUGUCGCACCUUAGAAAUCUUUGACUCGUUUGACUUUGCAGAUAGGGUAUGGAAGGAAAGCAAUCAUAUGCUUGAGGUUUGCCUCUGGAACCCGGAUUCCGAAGGAAGGCUGAGAAGAUCUGAUAGACUACCGGAUACUAUUCCAGGCAUUAGUCGUUUUCACGAGGUAGUUUUGCAUCAAGGUACACUUCGCCUGCUAUAAAUUUGUCAAAUGACCUAACAUGGAUGUUUUUUCUUAGGUCGAAUAGAACGUUUCUUUCUCGAUUCUCUGAAACAGCACAGCAAUAUAAGAGUUGAGCGUGGAGUCCUUCCGGACAAGCUCACGUUCGACGAAACAAAAGUGGAUGAUCCGAACGAAUAUCCUAUUGAAGUUCUUUUACAGCAUCUCAGUGAAGAUCAAGCGAAUCCCGAGCAGAAUCAAUCUACAGUGGAUGGAGGAGCAACUUCCGAUGGUCUCUUCCGAAGUAACAUGGCGCCUGAUGAUACUGACGAACUCCUAAAUAACGCACAUAAAAAUGGCUUAGCAGGAAGCAGUGAGGUCGUAAAGGCAAAAUACAUGAUAGGAUGCGAUGGCGCACAUUCUUGGACCAGAAAGCAACUAGGGUUCAAACUCGAAGGUGAACAAACAGACUACAUUUGGGGCGUACUUGAUAUUAUUCCAAUUACAAAUUUUCCCGACAUUCGAAUGAGAUGUACUAUUCACUCUGCAAGCUCCGGAAGUGUGAUGGUUAUACCAAGAGAAAAUAAACUCGUCAGACUAUACAUUCAAAUCACUACUACGGAAAAGGGGGCAAAGAUUGAGCGGUCAGCCAUCAAUCCCAAGAUGAUUUUGGAAGCUGCCCAACGAACAAUGGCACCUUACAAGCUAGAUUAUGAAUAUUGUGAUUGGUGGACAGCUUAUCAAAUUGGUCAACGAGUUGGCUCAAAUUUUUCCAAGAACGAGCGUAUAUUUCUAGCUGGUGAUGCAGUGCAUACUCAUUCACCUAAAGCUGGACAAGGUAUGAAUGUUAGCAUGCAAGACACUUACAAUUUGGGAUGGAAAAUAGCUGCUGUCCUUAAUGGAACUGCUAAUCGAUCAAUCCUGAAGACUUAUCAAUCCGAACGUCGACGGAUUGCCCAAGACCUCAUUGCAUUCGAUCAUAAAUUCUCUCGACUCUUUUCUGGUCGUCCAGCAAAAGAUGUCACGGAUGAGGCAGGUAUUAGCAUGGAUGAAUUCAAAGACGUUUUCAAAAAGGGGAGUCUGUUCGCUAGUGGUGUCGCCGUGAAUUACGGUGCUAGCGUCAUCGUUGCGAAAGAGGGUGAUGCUGCAGAGCAAGGGGAUGGGACUGAUGUAGCCCAGGAUACUACAACUAGAGUUAUAGGUAAACAAAAUCUGGCUUCUAACAUCAAAAUUGGUAUACGAUUGCCUAGUUUCAAAGUUCUUAACCAAUCGGAUGCGAGACCUUGGCAUUUUCAGGAACGUUUAAAGAGUGAUGGACGCUGGAGAAUUGUAAUUUUUGCCGGGGAUAUCUCAAAUGACGUCCAAAUGUCUCGAAUAACUACUUUAGGUCAGGAAUUACAUGAUCUAGUCCAAAAAUUCACACCCGAAACCAAAGCCAUCGAUUCAGUAAUCGAAGUCCUCAUGAUUCAUAGCGCACCAAGGGUACAAAUAGAACUUUUAGAUCUCCCAGAUAUCUUCCAUCCUUUGAGCAAGAGGGAUGGAUAUGAUUACAACAAGGUUUAUGUAGAUGAUAUGUCGUAUCAUGAGGGACAUGGAAAGGUGUAUGAGGGGUAUGGUGUUGAUGAGAAGAGGGGAUGUGUGGUGGUGUUGAGACCGGAUCAACAUGUUAGUUGGAUUGGGGAAUUGGAAGAUAUAGAUGAGACGGAGAGAUUUUUCAUGGGGUUUAUGGUUGUGGGGACGUAGAUGGUUUGAUGGAGGGAAGUGUUGUAUUUGAAGGCUCGAAUUUUUCUACAGAUUAUUGAUGUUUGCAAGUGGACGUAAUGAACUGAGUUCGUUAGUGGUGAUUGCAUUUGUUGAUAUUCAAGUGCUAGUCAGGGAGACUUUCAUUCAGUUAUCACAGAUUAGAAUAUAUAUCUUCUAUCGCAUGUUUAUUUCCUGCACUUUUAUCAAUACUAUAUAUAGUAAAGUUCCUC